AUGUGCAAGGUUGACAACAACUCUCCAACUGUGAUUGCUCCUGGCGUCGGCCAGCCUCGGCUCUACACUGGCGGAUUCGUCAAGGAGACCCAGGACGAGAUGACUGGUGUUACGCUUGGGCAGCAACGAUGCGGGAAGAUUGUCAUUACCAAAAUCCACCCCGACAGCUUGGCCUUUCGAGCCAACACGUCGCUCAAGCCAGGAAUGCAGGUUGUGAGCGUCAACACAACCCCGGUGACACCCCAGAUGAACUGUCAAGAUGCAGCCAACUUGUUGAAGGCUGCUGUGGGCGAUGUCACCAUCACCGCUGUCACACCCACCAAGAACGCGACGACUGUAAGCUUUGUCAAGAGCACACCGGACAUGCCGUCUGGACUGGUCUUUGGACGUGCUUGCAAGAGCAACAAAGUCGUCAUCAGCCGUGUCCUCCCAGGAAGUGUGGUCGCUCAACAGGCCCCUCAGCUAAAAAAGGGCAUGCAAGUGAAGAGCAUCAACAACACUCUUGUUCACAGUGGAAUGUCAGUCGAAGAAGUUGCCAACCUUGUGAAGCAGGCGUCUGGAGUUGUGACCAUUACAGCCUAA